AUCAAAUCUGUGUACCAUAUAAUCAUCAGUAGGGUUGGGGGAUACUGUUUGAAAUUGUUGAAAUUUUGGUAUCGAUCUAAUAUACCAAGUAAAUACAAGCCAUUACUGAUAGUGAUGACGAUACCUUUUACUUGAAAUUUGUAAAGCUCCUUGAAUGAUAUUGUAAUUUAGUCUGUAGUUUGAUGGUCAUGAUUAGAAAGAUAAAGGUCUAAUCUCGACUCUAGUGCUUGGCCUCCCUGCGGCACUCCCACUCCCUCUCCGGGAUUUGCUGCCCCGCGGGUGUCGGCUGGCGCUGUGUGGUGGUUGGCCUGGCUGCUUGCCCGUUUGCCCGUCCGCUUGCUCAAUUGUCGGCUUUCCUCCUCGCCAGCUCCUCUGUCUGCCUUGCUGGCAGCGUUCUGCCGUUGGGUCAUUUGGUACUGGGCCGCACAGAAAGAAAAAAUAAUUUCCAUAAUGUUUUAUUUUGAAAAGUGGCCGGAUUCUCUCCGUUACAUCCGUCUCACUUGACGCAUGUCCAUUGUGGGUGUGCUAACUUUAUCUCAUGCCGCACAGAUAGACUACUAGUGUAUUUUUACCAUUUUUCUUUCACCUAAUAUUUGGUGUCAACUGCUGAUACUAUGUGAGAAUGCAUAAAGGUAAGUUUGGAUGACUUAUUGAGUGCUAAUGUGCACAUUUGUCUGAAGUUAAUUCAUGCUAGCGCACUGCCUUUUACCACACACGUCAAACAGCCAUGUAAUAAUCUCUCUGGAAAAACUCCAGGUUUGAACUGGUGGAUGGUGGGUCGCCGUUCAUUUUGUGCUUUUAAUUUAAUGUUCAUGUCUUAGUUUUACACAAUACAUAAUAAGAUGAGCAAGUCAGCCAAAUGUUCCUGUUCACCUCAUAGUUGGUUUUCUGCAGCUAUUUGAAAUAUGGCCCACACAUCCUAUAGCAGGGGUCACCAACGUUUUUUUCUUGCGAGAGCUACUUUUAGAAAAUGAAAAUGGCCAAGAGCUACUCAUUUUUGUAGGAAUGAUUUUCAUACCUUAUUUCAACCCAAACAAAGCAAAUACGCUUGUUUUACCAAAACAUUGACAAAAUGCUGGUAUCCACAACUCACAUUUUAUGUUUCAGAAUACUUUUCUUUCUAGUGUUCUCACAUUAUUAACUGAAAACCACGUUGGUGACCCCUGUCUUAUAGGGUCAAAGGUAGAGUAGCCACUUGUUGAAAUUCAGACUUUCUCCUCCACUAAAGCAGCAUUUAAUGUCUUUAAAAAUAAUGGUGGUACUCAUAUUUAAUCACCAAUAUGAUGAUACGCUUUGGCAAUUGCACUUCAAAAAAAUGAAACACGGACUUUCAACAAAUGUUAUGCUGUUAGUUGAAUGUUACAUAACUUAUUUACACUACUUAGACUUAUUUACACUGCUUAUUUUCUGUGCUUUAAAACUGAAAUUGUAUGGAACUGGUAAAAUAUUAAGUACAGUUCAUGCAUAAUUUUUUUUAUUUCAUGCAUAUUUGACACUUCAGAUACUCCAAGCAUUGCUAAAAGCAACUGCUGAACAACCUUUAUUGACUACAACAUACCCAUUUUGAACCCCAAUGUGCACCUUUAUGUUUUUCUUCGUAAUCAUGGUUCAAUAUUUAGAUAUACCGAUUCUAAACAGUUGUCGUUUGGAUUGCAUCGUAACUACACGGAGUUCCUAAUGUCGGACACGAAAAUGCGUAUUUUUGUCAAUUGGAAUAUUAACAGACAACAUCUUCAAUAUCUUUUUGCAAUAUUUACGAUGCAAAGGUUAAUUGACGCAAACUCCAUGCAGCUUUCAGGCACACUCUGUACUUCUCAGUUGAAAUUAAGUUUUGUUGGGUUGGCAAUUGUAAAUUAGAUGUGGAGCUGAUUCUUUUCAAUAACGAGCUUGUGCUCUGUUCAGUCAACGUAACGGCUGAUGGAGACUCAUCUGUUUGUGUUAAUCCCAUCAGUGGGGAAAUGAAGAACAGCUGCAGGAACAGGUGGACAGUCUGUGAAUGCAGUACCUUGUUUAAGUUGUCACACUGGAUUUCUAUUUGUAUUCAUAAAAACAAUUGUCAAGUUGAUUUAAGUGUUGCAUCCUUCAACAUUCAGUCAUAAUCAAGGUCACCAUUAACGGGUCAGGUUUACCACAUCAGAUUUGUAUUCCCAUUUCUAUUCUCUUCCUAGAUUGAACAUGCUUGACCUGUGCUUGAAUUUAGAACUCGUAAGAACGAAAGGUUUGUUGUUCUCCUGCAAGGACGUCCUGCAGCCCUCUAAAAUAUCUCCGCAAUGCCAUGCAGGACAGCGGCGUGCCUUUGCAAGUGUGUUAAGAAUAGAUCCACAAUGGGGCUCGCUCCCAUCUUCUGUUGUCUCAGGACAGCCAGUUGUCUGCAGGGGGCUCAGAGAAAGGCAGCAUUGUCCCUCAUCGUCACUCUUGUCCUCUCAAAUGGCUCAUGUUGGAUUUUAGCUACCAGAACCUUGACCAUGGUCCACCUGUAUGAGGUCUACUGCUGGACUUAACCGGCUGGAUGUUAUUUGGUGUUACUUGGUAAGGUUCUGCCUGUGGUCUCAGCAAACAUGGCGGGAUCAAGUCCUUUGGAAAUCAUCUUUAUCUCUGUCAAUCACAGCAUCACCUUCAUCGGAAAAGUGUGGCUCAUCGUGAUGAUCUUUCUACGCAUCCUCAUCCUCCUUUUUGCCGGUUACCCUCUUUACCAGGACGAGCAGGAGCGAUUCAUUUGCAACACCAUUCAACCCGGAUGUGCCAACGUGUGCUACGAUAUCUAUUCUCCCAUAUCUCUUUUCCGCUUCUGGCUGGUGCAGCUCAUCACUUUAUGUCUGCCCUAUGUCAUCUUUACCAUCUAUGUGGUCCAUACGGUGUCAAACAGACUCACUGUGGUCAUGAGUUCCUCCGGUCCUGGUAAGGCCAUACAGCUUUACAAAAUCCAGCAGGAGCUAUCCACAAAGAAGACACUGCCAGGAGUGGAGCAAGGAUGGGUGCGAUUCUUCACAGGAGCCUACAUCCUCCAGUUGAUAUUUAGGACGUUGCUUGAAGCAGGAUUUGGGGCAGCUCACUACUAUAUGUUUGGUUUCUACAUCCGAAGGAGGUAUCUAUGCCAGAACCCUCCAUGUACCACCCAAGUGGAUUGCUACAUCUCUAGACCCACGGAGAAGACUGUGAUGCUCAACUUCAUGCUCGGUGUGGCGGCUCUGUCACUUUUCCUGAAUGUACUGGAUUUCAUUUGCACUAUAAAGCGAUCCGUGAGGCAGAGGAGUAAGGCAAAGAUGAUGGAGGAUGUUUAUGAGGAUGAGUACGGAGACUUAAAUACCUGCCUGAGUCAACAAGCUCUGGAAGCCGAGGCUGGUCAAAAAGAAUGUUUCGGAAAGAGGCAAGGCAGCAGGUGUUCUAACAGAGGAAUUAGAUCAAGUCAGGAUGCAACCUCUAUACCUUGUUCCUUGGAACCUCUGGGCUGCAACACUAAUGGAAACAACGGCUACUCUGCUUCCCAAGAGGAGGCUCCUGAGAAGGAAGGCAGUGAGGUGGUGCUCUGUCCCUUAGAACCGAUGGGGUCUCCUAAAGCCACUUGUGUCAAUAAACGCAGCAGGCUCAAGCCUCCGCCACCCCCAAGACAGAACUUGAGGUAUCACCCUGCGGCGUCACCAAGGCCUCUUCGACAUGAUCCCACAGCAACAGCAGCCUGCACCAGGAGGAUUGGUCAGUACAUGUUGGUGGAGCUGGGUGGUGGGGCUGAGCUUUCCAACGAUGAAAGUCAUGAGAAAAGAUCAGAGUGGGUGUGACUUAGGGUUUAUUUAUUGGCAAAGUUGUCAUGCAAGAGGUAAAUAGAUGUGAGAGCAACAUGAGAGCCAGCUCACUGUUGGAGUGUCACCCAGCUACCUCGUCGUCAUGCUUAGUCAGCGCAUUCGCCUCCUGAGAUUUGCCAACAGAUCACGUUGCCUUCUUUUGAUGUGAAGUGACAAUGUCUUGCGUGAAAUGAGGCAAAGAUGUGCGAGCCUUAAGCGUCCUUAGGCGCAUGUUAACCUUGAGUUGAAUCUAAAAGUGCAGCCCACCUGUUUCCACCCCUCACUGUCCACAAACAAGGAGAGGCCACGACCUGUCCCAUGUAUCCUCACCUCAUGUGAAUCCACCUUCAAGUUUCAGGGUCAAAGUUGAUCUUGUGAGCCUUUGGGCCUGUGCUCGGCUGUUUGUUUGACCUUUUGGCUCGUGUUAAAAAGAAAAACAAUGUUCAGGCUAAGGUGUUGAUACCAGUAAAAUGGUCUCUCUGCAAAAGACAACUGAGGAUUCAUAAAGUAAUUAUGCAUCCCCAAAAGGUUUUGUAUUUGAGGACAGCUUGUCACUCUAUUUUAGGGCCUUGCAGAGCUUAUGAGGAGCAACAUCAAUAGAAAUAGAGCCCAGCAAAAAGCCUGGGACAUCUGAUUCUGUUUCACCUUGAUCAAAGCACAGAUUUUACCAUUAAACUCCCACAGAAUGCUAACAGUGUUUGACAGCCUCAUUUGCUUCAUGCUGAAGUGAGCGUGGCUUGCCACAGUAAAUCAUUUGGUUGCAUGCGGUCCCUCCAUACAGAGUCUUCUUUGUGUAAGAUGAUAGCUCUUGAUCUCGUACUCUCGUGGCCUCUUUUUGUUUUGUUUUGAAGGUGGAAACAAAAGCUCCAGGCCUUCUGGAUGUUGCCUGUCUUCACAACGCUGCCCUCUGGCUCGCUCAAGUGAAUGAUCACGAGGGUGGGAUUUCGUCAGACUACUGUAGGUGUGGCCGUGACACACCCUCUUCAUGCUUCAGUUACAAAAGACUUUCUCUUCAUUUGCGCAAAAUGGGCUUAUGCCUAACAAAUUAUCAGAAAAUAUUAUGCCCUAAACUCCCAAGCUUACCUUUUGAAACUAUGUGAAAAUGUAGCAUUUUCAACAUAGCAUUCCUGUGGUGGGUGGUGAGGGUGUUGUGACAGGAUUCAGAAUGUUUUUGUGUGUGUUCUGCAUAGCACACCGAAUCAUCCAGGCACAGUGACACUCAUUGUUUUUUUAAGCUAAUAUAGCCACGGGUAUAUAUAAUAUUGUAUACAUUGUUGGGGCACCAACCGCUCACCAACAGGUGUUUUUACUAGUAAACUACACUGCUUUCUCUUAUUGUGAAAGGUGCCAUGUUUGAAUCUGCAUUUCUCAUCCAGCAAAGACCAUUCAUUCAUUGUAACACUUUACAGCCUAAAGUUUUAGCAACCGAAUGAGUCUGAUGGCUGCAUGACCACGUAAUGCUAGGCGGAGUUGACAUUUCUGCAACUUAUUCACUUUUCUAUAUUAAUUAUAAAACAUGUUUUGGAAAGUUUAAUAGUUCUAUCGAGCAUUGAGUUUAACUGCCAACAUAUUGGACAAUAUUGUUGUUACAAAGAAGUUGUCAUUUUACAUUCUUACAGAGAUAAUAUAAAUAAUAUUAGGGGUGUCACAAGGUCUCGCGAGAUUAAAACAUGACAAGAUUUCUCAUUCAGACAAAAUCUUGUGGGCACUAGGCCUGGAACAACAAUAAAUCAUUUAAUUUAUCACACAAUAAAUGAAAAUUAACUUGAUAAUUUUGCCGGCCUUGAUAUAUUGCCAUGUGCAGGUGUGUCUGUUUUCCUCGUCUCUCGCCUCCAAGCAGGCAGGACGAGGAUUCACUCUGAGCAUUGCUUUCAGGACCUUGGUGUGUUUGUUCCAAAGAACAACAGCAUGAACGGAGUGAGCCCUUGUCAGUCAUGCAGUCUCUUUGUCUUGGUGGGUGGAGGCAGAGCCGCUAGCAUACACACAGAGUGCAACGCUUUAGAAAUUAAAUGCAUAUGUCGUGUAGCGUUUCGUCUCAUAAACUGAGUGUCUCGUGUCACCCCUACUUAAUACACAUACGGAACUGAUUUAAUUCUUCUAAUUUACAAAUUCUACAAAUACUGAUCUGAAUUUGACAUUGUAGUAUCUUAUUUUAUUUAAAAAACAAAACAAGAAAGUGUAUGCAUGACGUCCCGUUUGUGACUGUAUGCAGCCCCUGAUCUUAAGUGAUUCCAUCAGGACUGAGACAUCAUCCUCAAUCCAAGAGCUGAUUUUGCAAAGAGUUGCGCAUAAACAAUGGCUGACAGGGCUGUUUGGGUUGCUAAUAUGUGUUUUUCACAUGCAAAGCAGGUCAUUAGGACAAGCAGGACCAGAUGAACCUGCAUAGCCCACAUUGGGUGAGUAUCAUGUUUACUCAUAAAAAAAAUGUUAAAACAGAAAAAUCACAACAAAACUACGUACAUUAUAUUAUUUUGUUUUGUUUCUUAACUUAUUCAGCAGGUUGAUAUCUAUUCAGCAUCUUUUACCUGCAUAUUUAUUGCUAUUUAAAUAUAAUGUUCUGUUACUAUGAUACAGUAUUUAUUUACUUACAUUUCCCAUUUAGUAUGUUAUUUUGCCUGCUUUGUUGU